AUCCACGGAAUCAUUCUGUCUCUGAACUCGCUUCGACAUAGAACUACGAGAGCUCAAGCAUGCCACCGAAAGCUAGCGGCAAAGCGGUGAAGAAGGCCGGCAAGGCGCAGAAGAACAUCAGCAAGACUGACAAGAAGAAGAAAAGGAAGAGGAAGGAGAGCUAUGCUAUCUACAUCUACAAGGUGUUGAAACAAGUCCAUCCUGACACCGGAAUCUCCAGCAAGGCUAUGAGCAUCAUGAACAGCUUUGUCAAUGAUGUCUUCGAGCGCAUCGCAGCCGAAGCUUCGCGACUGGCUCAUUACAACAAACGAUCUACGAUUACAUCCCGUGAGAUCCAGACUGCUGUGAGGCUUCUUCUGCCCGGCGAAUUGGCGAAACACGCUGUUAGUGAAGGAACUAAAGCGGUCACCAAGUACACCAGUUCCAAGUGAACAAAUUUCCAAAACGGCCCUUUUCAGGGCCAACAAUAAUAUAACGUUGAAUAUU